UUGCGUGAAGAAGCAGAAUCCUUUUUCUACUAAGUAAAGAAAAUUUUCAAUAUCCUGCAUAUAGCCGAUAGUGUCUAGGAAGAGACUCAAUGGAACAGCAUUGAUUGACUUCUACAUCAUAUCAUACGAGCCAAAAUUUCAACCAGGAUCAAGAUAUUUGUAUUCAAACAUUGGUUAUGUGAUGCUAGGAAGAAUUAUUGAACAGAUCAGCCUCAGACCUUAUGAUCAUUUCAUACAAGACGUAAUCCUCAGACCUAAUGGAAUCGAAGCUCAUAUAGGAGAAGUCGAACCCAAAGAUUUUGAGGUUUCAUAUUACUCGCCAGAUAACGCCAAUCCUUAUACUUACUGGACUCCUUCAAAGUUAGAUUCCGCCGCUGGAUGGGUAAUGCGCGCAGAAGAGGUAAACGUACUCUAUACUAUGCGGUUUUGA